AUCUCCACACCGCUAUACAAAUCAAAAAUCAAAUAUUUGCUCUUUUUUCUUUUUUCUUAUUUCGUUUUCUUCCGCACUCUCCUUCAACUUUCGAUCUUUGAAUAUUAAAGUCAAAAUACAGAAGAGAACAUUUUGCUGCCCGAGCGAAGCUAGACUGCAAAGUUCUUGGAAAAUAGAUGAUUUUGCUCGAGUCAACAACGGUGAAAACUUGUGAAAAUUUACAGUUUUAAAGAACUGAAAAUCUUUUUUCUUUCAGUGUAUUCGAAUUGCAAUCUUUCUUCUUAUAAGACUUUAAAAUUUCACACAGGAGAAAUUUUGAGGAAUUUUGGUAGUUUUUCGGGCCUACUGUCUUGUCAAUCUCAUUACCAAAUUUCGUACUUCUUUGCAAUUUGUAUUUUUUCGGAUUAAAAAAAAAUGAACAAUUAACUUUGGUAGCAGUUAGGUAGGUACAUACUAGGUAGGUACGUUACCUUGAUUUUCACCUUCUACUGAAACUGAAUAAGUUGAACUAGCCAGAAUUAUUACCUAUUCGGGACGUUGAAUCAUUUUUAAUGUUCACAUUUCAUAAUACUCACUCAAGAUAGCUUUUAAAUUAAAAAUAGAAGAAAAAUAAAAACUAAAUUACCUACGCAAUCUUAUUGAAAUCAAAGCAAUCUGAUUAGUUUGGAGUUUAUUGAAUUUCUUGGAUCAUAUAGGUAUGUGCCCACAAAUAUUUCAUAGUACUUUCUCAGAUUGCCUUUUGAAUGAAUAUGAGCCGAGAAGGAAGUAAAAUUAAAACUAUUUUUAGAAAUAUGUAGAACAUGUAGCCAACUUGUGGAAGUUUAUCUCGUACGUAUUCGUGUACGCCUGUACGGUUUGAAUUUUAACCAAAUACGUAGGUAAAUUAAUCUUCGAAAAGAUGAACCCAUUGAUUUUCCCUAUUUUGUGUUUUUUUGUAACCGAAGUGCGAUCAGAAAAAGCUUUACUUCUUAAUAUACGCGACGAAGGCUAUUGGGGUAACCUUGAAGACGUUUGGCAUAAUAAUACCAAGACCAGACAUUGGGGUAUACAAAAAUAUAAGGUUAUUGCCGCAUGCCCUGCUUCCAGCCCUCUAGAGCAGCAAUUCAACAAAGAUGUCUCGUUGACCAAACAAAGCGUAUUCUCGCGGCUAAUCUUGUGGAGAAAUCAUUCCUUGACAGAUAAUGAUGUUGAUUUUUGUGAGAAGUCGUAUGAACCUGCGAUGAUUUAUAAUUCACUUACGGGAGAAUACAAAAUCGGAUAUGAACUAUAUUUUUUUAGAAACGAGACCGAAUUUCGGUACAGUACGAAAGAUGAUUAUUAUAAUUAUAAAAAGGUUAAUGCAGAGAACCACACGUAUAAUAUCGGAAAUCAAACAAUAUUCAAUGGUACCUCUGAAUUUGUAAUUAGAUACGAAGAUGACAACAACAUUUUGUUCAAUUUCACCAAUGGAUAUCCAACUCUGGGUUUUUAUUGGAUUAAUGUACUGUCUAUAAAUUGCUCAAAAAACAAUAAACAUUUAAUAUUUGACCAAUAUCUCGGAGAUCGUGAAAAUUUGAAGGACGAAUGCAAAAAUUAUCGACUUGCUGAUGAAGAAUUUUACUCAAAGGUAUCGUAUGUUCUAGCGCUGCUUACUACAUACAUGCAAGAAAAUCAGAAAAAGUGCUUGAAAGACAUUUUAGUGCCUUCGUCCUCAUUUAAAGGAAACCCUGAUAUGUCAUGCGGGCAAGCUUACGGAUGUUUAACACCAUCGCAGAUACUACCACUGUGGUAUUUUGACUCGAGCUCAGCCAGGCUUGCCAGUUGCUCGCAUAUCAACUUGAUCCCAGUUUGGAAAAGCAUUGCAGAAGGAAAUUUGAGAAAAGUCGAUCUUUUUGUAGCUGCAAUUAUUAAAAAUUCGAUAAGAGUUGGCGAUGAAGUCAUUUUUGGAGUAAAUGGAGUUUUGAAAAUGAUGGUACCGACCGGCUGGCGAAGAAUGUAUUUAUCGGAUGCUAAAGGGGAUCGCAUCGUGGAAAUUCCGAAAAUAAUUUAUCGAAUUAUUAGAGUCGAAGCGUUAGGUUGCAGCCAUUUCGCAGUAAUCGUAAUCCAUAAUGAUCCUAGCGCAGUCCCGGAUGCUGACAGGCUUUGCGACAAAAACGAUACUCUUAUUCGCACCUGGGAAAAAAUAAUCAGCGAUGAUUCAAAAACUGGGUUAACUUACGUUUGUCCGAUGACCACAUUUCUAGAAAAAAAAUUAGACCUCAAUUGUUGCGGCAUGAAUAAACUAAAUUUGGCCGAAGUUCCAUGUCGCCAACGUGAAUGGUCUGAUGAGUGGUGGUCUUAUGAGAAUAGAGAGGAAAUUGUCAAUUCAAGCUUUGAGAAAUUUUUAAAAGAGGUAUCCUGAAUGAAAUUUUUUACAUUUUUUGACGGUUAUUAGAGAAGGUGUAGAUAACUAAGUACAUACUUCGGUAUUUGCAAAUAUUUUUUUUUUCUUAUUUCGUUUUCUUCAUUGCUCUCCUUCAACUUUCGAUCUUUGAAUAUUAAAGUCAAAAUACAGAAGAGAACAUUUUGCAGCGCGAGCGAAGCGAGACUGCAAAGUUCUUGGAAAAUAGUUGAUUUCGCUGGAGUCAACCAGGGCCAAGACUUUUGAAAAUUUACAGUUUUAAAGAACUGAAAAUCUUGUUUUCCUUCUGUUUAUUCGAAUUGCAAUCUUUCUUCAUAAGUAUAAUACUGUCAAAAUGUCACAUAGAACAAAUUUUGAAGAAUUUUGGUAGUUUUUCGUGCCUGCUGUCUUGUCAAGCUCAUUACCGAAUUUCGUACCUCUUUGCAAUUUUGUAAUUUUUUUUGUUAGGUAGACACCAGAUAUUUCGGACUUUUUAAAAAAAAUUUGACAAAAAUUGAAGAAUUAACUUUGGCAGCAGAAAUUCGGUUCUCAGGUUUAGGUGAUACGCCCCUUCAGAGCGCGAGCGCCGCAUUUCAGCGCAAUCAGAGUUGUUGAAUUGUAAAAGUUCUCCCUAAAAUAUUUUAUAUGAUUACUGCAUUCCAAAUUUGUUCAGUUUUAAAAAAUAACUAAGCAUAAAAAUCCAUUUAAUCAACUUUGUCUUCACAAUAUAUGUAAUUAAAGAUUACCUACUAUCAUGUUAAUGCUU